UAUAUACUUUUUAAUCUAUGUAUGUAGUUGCUUAAAAAAAGUUGUAAUGGAUCUAAUGGUCAAUAUUUGUCAUUUGAUGUGAUAUACUUAAAUUAAUAUUAUUUGUUGGCGUGAAUAAAUUUUGUUUUCUCUCUCUCUGAUUCGAACAGUUUUACAUCCUAGAGCGAAGAUAAAUUAUUUUUCAAAUAGAAAUGUGAUUUCAUAAAACGCAAUAAGAAUAUGAAGAAUAAAUUUAAUUUACAUCUUUUAAUUUACAAUUGAGGUGAUGUACUUGUUAUUGUGAAUUAUCAAACGUUUGAGUUGAUAGAGUUAAUUAAAUAGUUUACUGAAGGUAGAGUAGAAGUGUUUGCUUAUAAAUUGGAAUCAGUAACCUAUCAACGUUGUAUUGCGAACUAUCAUGAUUAAAUGAUAAAUAUGAUGUACAAUUCUGUAUUUUUUGAGAGGUGUUUAAAAUUACAUUUAAAUAUGCUAUUUCGACGGUAUGUUACCUUUAUUAACCAAUUUAAACUUGGUGAAAUCAUAACUGAUACGACAAAAAUAACCCAAAAUUCAGCUACUUUAAUAAAUCAUAUUUUUAUUAUAUUAUUAUUAUUGUAUUCAUAAUAUUAUAGAUCACAAUCGAUAUAUCGAAAUCCUAAAAUGAUUGUAUUUUGUUGGGGAAAGAAGCUUUCGUGAUCCAGACAUAAGCUUGCAGUUUCUCUUAUAAAUGACCUUGAAGUCAUAAGAAUUUUAAAAGUAAUCAAAACUAAUGGAGUUUAAGUAAUGACAUGAAAAGCUCACCUAGAUAAUAGAGUAAAAAAAAGCGUACGUGCCAGAGGGCUAUAGGUAAGAGAUGUCACCCAAAAAUGCCCUCUGGAUUUAUAUGACUGUAAUCCGACCUAUGCUUACAAAUGGUGCAGUAGUAUGGUGGUCAAAGACCUUACAGUCUACAUCCACUGCUGCACUUAAUAAAGUACAGAGACUCGCGUGUUUGUAUGUUACAGGUGCACUGCGGACUAGCGCAGCCAUGGAAAACGUGUUGAACCUAACACUUUAUACAUUAUUUGUUAUACAUUUGUUCAUUCAAGAGGUGGCACUUGUGACCAUGAUUCGACUGCGUGCAGCAGGAAUUCUAAUGGGUGAAAGAGAUAGUAAAAACGCCGUGCUCUGGAAGGAGAUGGUGCGUUUCUCACCAAUUCUGGAAUCUAAAACGGACUUCACACCCUUGCAACACAUUUUUACGAAGAAAUAUCUCACCCACACAAGCUCCACAGAAGUAGAAGUAAAAAAAAGCUUUAAAAUCUAUACUGAUGGUUCAAGCAGACGAGAAGGAACUGGAGUCUUCUCGUAUGAUCUCCGACCCCACGUAUCUGAACCACUAGGUAAAGGUGACCACCGUCAUACAGGCGAAGUUAAUCCAUUGUUCAUUGUCAGAUCCAGCUUGGAAGGUAAGGCUUUUACAAUUUACACUGACAGUAGACAAGCUAUUCUAGCCCUGAGUAGAAUAACAAUUACCUCAGGACUUGUUAUGGAUUGUCAUCUGACAUUGGAGAAGGCAGCAGUGCUUAACUGUGUUAUACUUCAAUGGACAAAAGGAGACUCGACCUAUUCAGGUAACAAGCACGCAGAUAGGCUUGCUAAAAGGGCUGCCAAGCGAGCGUCCUGUUCGCCUGAACCGAUAAUAACUUCGUUCUUAUCAACUCAAAUUGAAAUAAUUAAAGAUUUCACCUACAAAAAGUUUAUGAACUGGUGGGGAAAGGUUAAGGGCUGCUAUCUGUUUAAGGAACUACUUUAUUACCCUUCAGCAGAGGCAGCCUUGUCUUUCGUAAAGCUUGGUAGAAACGCUCUACGAAUUGUAACGGGACUCGUCACGGGUCACUGUAAGGUAAACAAGCAUCUUCAUAACCUUAAGCUUGCUGUUAACCCUCUCUGUCGCUUUUGUGAAGAGAGCGAGGAGACUGUUCGACACAUCUUGUGUGAUUGCCCCACUUUGCAAGAUCUCAGAAUGAGAGACUUCGGAGAGGAAUGGCCGAGCACGGAUGGCAUCAGGAACGCAUUUCUGCGCUGUAUCCUAGCCUUUGGAAAUUCGUUAGGCUGGUUGAUAUAGCCGGAGAGAGCUGGAGAAUGUACAAGGGGCCGUUGGAGCCUAGGUGGGAGAGAUGUUUGAUUGAAUUUGUAAACAUUACCAUAAAAUUGCUGAUUACAAACUGGACGAAGCAAACUCAGUUUUGGAUGCAACAUUAAGAACUGACCGUUUUGAUUUGAUGAACGUAUUCUAUUUGAUGAGUAGAACAUAAAAUUUUGUAAUAAGAGAUUUCUUUUAGCCAGAACCUGAAAGUACAACUUUGUGAAAUUUUGGUGUUACCAAUGGUCAAUCAUGUGAUUUAUCAGUUUUGUCUUGAAAGUGUCACUAUCGCAAAAUCUCUCCACCGUCUACAAAAAAAUUCAAAUGUAGCUUAUUACAUCCCUAAGAUGUAUAAUUAGUGAAAUGCCUUCUUUAAGUGUCUUGAUCCGCUUUCGUUUAAAUGUGAGUUUAGUGCUUAUUUCAAUGAGCUGGUAGUUAAUUAAACAUUUCCAUUUUAUAUAUAUUUUAGUGUGUUGUGGAUCUGCUUGGAUUAGAACCUCUACCUGACGUUGAUGGUAGUAGCUUGUGCAAGGCCAUGUAGCUGACGGCUCUCGAUAAAGGAACCAGACCUUGGGGCAAUACUAAGGUUCAUUAAAGACCUACAUUUGCCUUAAACUUUUGGAGGGCUAAACUUACAAUAGAUCUUACAGGUCGCGGUAACGAGAGGGACCGCUGCCCUCAGCCUGGCAGCAAUACUAAUAAUAAUUCCUUUGAAACCUUUAUUAUUUGUAUGGAACUUCAAGUUAUUGAGCGCCAACUCUUAAGGAGUUAAAGUACUUAAACAGAUUACGACAUAUUAAGAAUAAGGUUUUGAAGAAAUAAUCUUAUUUGAUCUUUAAAAUGGCCGUGGUCAUGUGUUAUCAUUUAAAUAUUAUU